UUCAAGUUCUUGUCCAUAUUUGAAUUUUUUUAUUCAAUGUGAAGGAAAAUUAUUUUAAUUGCUCAUCUGUUUCUCACAUGUUAUGGUAAUUAAAUGAAUGACCCAGUUAUUAUAUAUUCAUACUAACCAUAUAAGGGUAUAAUACCAUUUAAUUGGGGGGGGGGGGGCUGACAAUUUUAAAAGUUAGAUUAUUCAUUUAUUCUCAUGCCGUUAAAGGGCAAAUUCUUCAUUUCCACGAUGAUCAGAGACAGAUUACCUAUUUUUUCUUACCUUCAAAAAGGAAAAUUACAUAACUCAAAAACUCUUUAUUUUGUGUGAAGGGGGGGGGGGGGGGUGUUAAAAUAGCACCAGACAGGGACAGAUUACAGUUGAGGACAAAUGAUUUAUUUUCAUAAUUUUUGAAGACACGUUAUACAUUUCUAAAAUCUGCUUUUCUUUUGCAAUAUAAAGUCAAGUUCCUUUCUCAUAUUUGGUUGUUGUUUCUUUUUCUUAUUUGUUUUUUUUUUUAAUUUAUUCAUUUAUUUUUUGUAAUUCAAAGUUAAAGGAAAAUCUAUUGUAUAAUUGCCUAUUACAUUACAAUAUUUCUUUUCAGACACUGAUUUACAAAUUAACGCCUCUUUACUUUAUUGAUCCUUGAUUUUAUGCUACUCAAAUAUAGAUUCCAAAUACCGGAAGUUGUCGUCUGAAGUAGAGUUAUCUUUUCUUGGCCUAAGAGUUCAAAACUGUGCAGCAAGCUGGGAUUUUAUGUGAAUAAAAACUAUUUACAUUGGGAAUAUUUGAGUCUGGAUAAGUUCUAGGACAUCAUUUGCAUUAGUGCAUACGAGGAUUUGUGUAACUUUUUUCAAGUAAGGUGUUUUAUGACUUUGUUUACAAAUCGUGUGCUACUUUCGAUUCUUCCCUUGUGUAUUUAUAUAUGUGUGAUAGAGAACAGAGCGGAUAAGAUGCCCCUGUGCUUCUUCCACUACUCGUUCAAUAUCCGCCAUUUUUGUUUAUACGCCUCGCUUCAUUUGAAACGCGUUAUCUGAUUGGAUCAAAUUAUGAUGCAAUAUGCAAAUACAAAGUUCACCAGAACAUGACCUCUUAUGGGGAAUAGAAAUCACAUGUACAUUACAAUAUUCAUGUUUUCAUUUUGCCCACAGAUUAGUGCCCUGACUUGGUAGAAGGUGAUGGCUAGUGUAUAUGCAUCGACAUCAGAGACAACGAACGCAAAUAGAGCGUGUCGAGUUGUUCUCGGUCCCUGUACGGAUGGUCUACGUGACUUACUGCGUCACCACGUCCCACCACACACAUUCCCUAAUGUCAUCAAACAAAACAAACUCAAUCUCCCACGUCUGACGGCUGUUCAGCGUGACCUAAUUUUACCUAAGCAUGGAGGUUAUUCCGGAAUAUAUGAUGAUAUGGACAUAUCAUUAUUGUAUAUCUUAUUGAGAAACAUAACCAACAUAUCUCCUCACUCCAAAGGCUGGGGCAACGAUCCCGACCCCCAUGACACCAGUCUCUCGGCCAACGUCGAGAGGAUUCGAUUGGUCCGGAAUCGUUGUGUUCACUCAUGUGAUCCAUCCAUGUCCAACAAAAACUUUAACUCCAUCUGGUCCACCAUUAGAUCGACAAUGGUGGAUCUUGAUGCCUUCCUCAUGAAUGGAAACAAAUAUGAAAAGGCGGUGGAUUUCCUACGUCACGAGUCGAUGGACCCGAAAAAUGACUUAUAUUACGAAAAAGAACUGAGGAAGCAGGUGGAGGAAGAUAAGACGACAAGGGAAAUGGUGGACAACCUUGAGAAUAAAUUGGAGAAACUAACAAAGUCACCCGUUCCCCAAAAUGUGAGAGAGCAAUACGAUAUUGACAUUGAGAAAUGGAGAGAGGAAGACAAGCUUUACUACAAAACUCACAGCUUUCCGUCAAUGAUGGAGAAAGUGAGGAAUCAACCUUGCGUGACGUUUGUUGGUGUGCCUGGCUCCGGGAAGUCUGCCACGGCUCACCACAUCGCCCUCAAGCUCCAGGAGGAAGGUUACGAGGUUGUACCAGUUGAUGAAAUCAGAGAGAUAAAGCAAUACUGUGACACAAAGAAUCCACAGGUUUUUGUUAUUGAUGAUGUGGUGGGUGUUUUUGGCCUCCAGAAAACUAAAUUAGAUGUGUUGACUGAUUAUGAACAGAAAGUAACACAGCCUUGCAUGAUUAAGUCUAGAACUUUGAUGACAUGUAGAGAGGAUGUGUUCAACGAGACACUACCUUACAAACCAUUCCUUACCAAAGAAGAGACUGUGAUUAAGUUACACAGUUCUGAUCAUGCAUUAGAUGAUAAUGACAAAAAACAAAUUCUCCAGAAGUAUGGUUUGAAUGUUAAUCUAAUAUCUCCUGCAUUGCUGACAUCAGCAUCUCACAUGUUUCCUCUUCUCUGUAAAUUGUUUUCAAAGGAAACAAAAUUCCAAGCUCUUGGUUCAAAGUUUUUCCUGAAUCCAGCCCAAUGUAUCAUUGAUGAACUUGAUAAUAUGCAGAGGCAUAACAAACUGAAUUAUGUAACACUUGUUUUGUGUAUGCUAAAUGAAAACAGUCUCUCCAAAGAUAAUUUUGAACAUAAAAAGUUUAUUGAUAAGAAAAAGAAUACUUUGGAAAACUGCAGAUUAGAGCUCAACACUGAUACUUUCAAGUUUAUGGAUGCUUUGUCAGCAAUGGAGGGGACCUACACAAAACAGUGUGAUGCACAGUACACAUUUAUACAUGACUCCAUGUUUGAAAUAUGUGCUUAUCAAUAUGGUAAACAGUUUCCUGACCAAAUGUUGCAGUAUAUGAGUAGUAGUUAUAUUGCUUAUAAUGUCAAAACACAAGCAAGUGAACCAGGAAUUGUUGACAAAGUGAAAGAGAAACAGAACGAUUCUCGACCUAUUGAGGGGCGUGAGUGUAGCAGUGAUAGUGACGAGAAAAUGAAACAUAGUGAUUCACAACCUAUUAAGGGGCGUGAGAGUAGUGAAGGUAAAGAGAAGGAGAGUGAUGAUAAAAACAAUGAGGGAGAGGAAUCGUCUGAUCUGUGUAUAAGGUUAUGUGAGGAUCAGUACCCACUGUUAGCAGAGAGAUUGUACAGAGACAUACAGAACAUGGAACUGUAUGAUGUUUUCAGAAAUCAGGUUUUAAAACAUCCCCAGGUGUGUCAGGCUUUUAUUGGUGUGUUAGAGAAAAAGUCAUACGCAGAAUUAAAAGCCUUAUUUCUGUCCAGUCAGGGAGAGGAAGAUAAGAUAGCGAGUAAACGAGAGCGUGUGGAGGAGGAGGGUGAGAGGAGUGAGUGGCAGAGACAGGAGGUGCUGAUAGGAAGGAAUAAACGAAAGGGAGAAACAAAUAGAAAAUACAAUGUGAGAGUGGUCAGAUGGGUGAUUUACUAUGGACACUAUCAGAUAAUAGAGUACAUAGUACAACAGACUGAACAACACAAUGAAGUAAGUGAAUUAUUUGGGACAACAGGAAAUUGUCCACAGGAAUCUAGAUCUGAGAUGGAGAGAUCUGGAAUAGAGACAUGUAAUAAUCAGGAGAACAAUAGGCCUGUAGAACAAUCUACAUCUGGGAUAUAUACAUGUAAUAAACAGGAAAGUGAAAUCAACAGGCUUGUAGAAGAGCAUAGAUUACUUGUAUUGAGUUGUUAUAGUGGUGAUAUACAGACAGUCAGAGUUCUGCUUCCUGUUUGUAGGAAAGCAAUCAAUGGGAUAGGUCAGGUCAGUGAAGAUAUUGAUUGUUGCCAUGAUACACCUCUUACUGCUGCAUGUGUGGGAGGACAUGUAAGUAUAAUGGAGGAGCUGGUGAAGGCGGGGGCUGAUGUCAAUCUACAGGAUAGACGGGGGAAUACACCACUUAUAGCUGCAUGUAAGGGAGGACAUGUGAGUAUAGUGGAGGAGCUGGUGAAGGCGGGGGCUGAUGUCAAUCUACAGAAUGAUUAUGGGAAUACACCACUUAUAGCUGCAUGUAAGGGAGGACAUGUGAGUGUAGUGGAGGAGCUGGUGAAGGCGGGGGCUGAUGUCAAUCUACAGAAUGAUUAUGGGAAUACACCACUUAUAGCUGCAUGUGACGAAGGACAUGUGAGUAUAGUGGAGGAGCUGAUGAAGGCGGGGGCUGAUGUCAAUCUACAGGAUGAUGACGGGAAUACUCCACUGAUAGCUGCAUGUAAGGGAGGACAUGUGAGUAUAGUGGAGGAGCUGAUGAAGGUGGGGGCUGAUGUCAAUCUACAGGAUAGACUUAGGAAUACACCACUGACAGCUGCAUGUAAGGGAGGACAUGUGAGUAUAGUGGAGGAGCUGAUGAAGGCGGGGGCUGAUGUCAAUCUACAGGAUAGACGGGGGAAUACACCACUGACAGCUGCAUGUAAGGGAGGACAUGUGAGUAUAGUGGAGGAGCUGAUGAAGGCGGGGGCUGAUGUCAAUCUACAGGAUAGACGGGGGAAUACACCACUUAUAGCUGCAUGUGACGAAGGACAUGUGAGUAUAGUGGAGGAGCUGGUGAAGGCGGGGGCUGAUGUCAAUCUACAGGAUAGACGGGGGAAUACACCACUUAUAGCUGCAUGUAAGGGAGGACAUGUGAGUAUAGUGGAGGAGCUGAUGAAGGUGGGGGCUGAUGUCAAUCUACAGGAUAGACUUAGGAAUACACCACUGACAGCUGCAUGUAAGGGAGGACAUGUGAGUAUAGUGGAGGAGCUGAUGAAGGCGGGGGCUGAUGUCAAUCUACAGGAUAGACGGGGGAAUACACCACUGACAGCUGCAUGUAAGGGAGGACAUGCGAGUAUAGCGGAGGAGCUGGUGAAGGCGGGGACUGAUGUCAAUCUACAGGAUGAUAUGGGGAAUACACCACUUAUAGCUGCAUGUGACGAAGGACAUGUGAGUAUAGUGGAGGAGCUGGUGAAGGCGGGGGCUGAUGUCAAUCUACAGGAUAGACGGGGGAAUACACCACUUAUAGCUGCAUGUAAGGGAGGACAUGUGAGUAUAGUGGAGGAGCUGAUGAAGGUGGGGGCUGAUGUCAAUCUACAGGAUAGACUUAGGAAUACACCACUGACAGCUGCAUGUAAGGGAGGACAUGUGAGUAUAGUGGAGGAGCUGAUGAAGGCGGGGGCUGAUGUCAAUCUACAGGAUAGACGGGGGAAUACACCACUGACAGCUGCAUGUAAGGGAGGACAUGUGAGUAUAGUGGAGGAGCUGAUGAAGGCGGGGGCUGAUGUCAAUCUACAGGAUGAUUAUGGGAAUACACCACUGACAGCUGCAUGUGAGGGAGGACAUGUGAGUAUAGUGGAGGAGCUGGUGAAGGCGGGGGCUGAUGUCAAUCUACAGAAUGAUUAUGGGAAUACACCACUGACAGCUGCAUGUGAGGGAGGACAUGUGAGUAUAGUGGAGGAGCUGGUGAAGGCGGGGGCUGAUGUCAAUCUACAGAAUGAUUAUGGGAAUACACCACUGAUAGCUGCAUGUAAGGGAGGACAUGUGAGUAUAGUGGAGGAGCUGAUGAAGGUGGGGGCUGAUGUCAAUCUACGGGGAAAAGGGGGGAAUACUCCACUGAUAGCUGCAUGUAAGGGAGGACAUGUGAGUAUAGUGGAGGAGCUGAUGAAGGUGGGGGCUGAUGUCAAUCUACAGGGAAAAGGGGGGAAUACUCCACUGAUAGCUGCAUGUAAGGGAGGACAUGUGAGUAUAGUGGAGGAGCUGAUGAAGGUGGGGGCUGAUGUCAAUCUACGGGGAAAAGGGGGGAAUACUCCACUGAUAGCUGCAUGUAAGGGAGGACAUGUGAGUAUAGUGGAGGAGCUGGUGAAGGCGGGGGCUGAUGUCAAUCUACAGGAUAGACUUGGGAAUACACCACUGAUAGCUGCAUGUGUGGGAGGACAUGUGAGUAUAGUAGAGGAGCUGAUGAAGGCGGGGGCUGAUGUCAAUCUACAGGAUGAUUAUGGGAAUACACCACUGAUAGCUGCAUGUAAGGGAGGACAUGUGAGUAUAGUGGAGGAGCUGAUGAAGGUGGGGGCUGAUGUCAAUCUACGGGGAAAAGGGGGGAAUACUCCACUGAAAGCUGCAUGUGAGAGAGGACAUGAGAGUAUAGUGGAGGAGCUGGUGAAGGCGGGGGCUGAUGUCAAUCUACAGGAGGAUUACAGGAAUACACCACUGACAGCUGCAUGUGGGGAAGGACAUGUAAGUAUAGUGAAGGAACUGGUGAAGGCGGGGGCUGAUGUCAGUCUACAGGAUGAUUAUGGGAAUACACCACUGAUAGCUGCAUGUAAGGAAGGGCAUGUGAGUAUAGUGGAUGAGCUGGUGAAGGCGGGGGCUGAUGUCAAUCUACAGAAUAUUAUGGGGGAUACACCACUGAUAGCUGCAUGUAAGGAAGGACAUGUGAGUGUAGUGGAGGAGCUGGUGAAGGCGGGGGCUGAUGUCAGUCUACAGGAUGAUUAUGGGAAUACACCACUGAUAGCUGCAUGUAAGGAAGGACAUGCGAGUAUAGCGGAGGAGCUGGUGAAGGCGGGGACUGAUGUCAAUCUACAGGAUGAUAUGGGGAAUACACCACUGACAGCUGCAUGUGAGGAAGGACAUGUGAGUAUAGUGAAGGAGCUGGUGAAGGCGGGGGCUGAUGUCAAUCUACAGGAUAGACUUGGGAAUACACCACUGAUAGCUGCAGUAAGAAAGUGUCCGUUAUCAACAGUGAAAUAUCUAGUAGAACAUGGAGCUGACUGGGUUACUCAGGUUGUUAAUAUCUAUGUGUCAGCAGUAUAUAAAGCAUUAAUACUGAACAAACCAGAUAUAAUGAAAUAUCUCAUACAGGAACAAAAUAAAAUCACUCCAGGUACAUUUAAUGGAAAUGUACACCUAUUUAACUGUCUGGUGGACAUCAGACAUGCUGGAGUUAAAACAGACAGUAGGGAUGAUGUGGUGGUGACAGACAGAAUAGUGUGGUGUAUGUAUAGACAGGGAGAUUUGUGGAGGACAAUCAGUAGAGGAGACUGUGAUGUACUUAGACAUCUGUUGUGUGUGGGUCUGGAUGUCAAUCAGUCAAUACAGUUAUAUGAUAUGUUCAAUGAUUACAAGCCUGGUGUGACACCUCUAUUGUAUACACUGAUUGAUGAGAAUGGUAUUAAUGUUAGUCAAAUAAUGGAGAAGGUGAGGAUCCUACUGGGGGCUGGGGUGGACGUCAAUAUCAGGGUGAGGUAUAGAGAGUAUGACACUGUGUUAGACAGGGAGGGUGUGUCUGUUCUAGAGAGGACGAGGCGACUGGUGUGUAAGUACAGUAAUAAUAGAAGUAUGUUUAAGUACAGUGACAGAGUGCCAGAGUACAAGAGAGUGAUGUGUGAGAUAAAGAAACAUGUCAGAAGACACUCUGUAUAGUCCCUGAUAGAACUAUAGAGAGAUGUUGUUACUGAGUACAAGAGAGUGAUGUGUGAGAUAAAGAAACAUGUCAGAAGACACUCUGUAUAGUCCCUGAUAUAAUUGUAGAGAUAUGCUGUUACUGAGUACAAGAGAGUGAUGUGUGAGAUAAAGAAACAUGUCAGAAGACACUCUGUAUAGUCCCUGAUAGAAUUGUAGAAAGAUGUUGUUACUGAGUACAAGAGAGUGAUGUGUGAGAUAAAGAAACAUGUCAGAAGACACUCUGUAUAGUCCCUGAUAGAAUUAUAGAGAGGUGUGGUUACUGCGUACAAGAGAGUGAUGUGUGAGAUAAAGAAACAUGUCAGAAGACACUCUGUAUAGUCCCUGAUAUAAUUGUAGAGAUAUGCUGUUACUGAGUACAAGAGAGUGAUGUGUGAGAUAAAGAAACAUGUCAGAAGACACUCUGUAUAGUCCCUGAUAGAAUUGUAGAGAGAUGUUGUUACUGAGUACAAGAGAGUGAUGUGUGAGAUAAAGAAACAUGUCAGAAGACACUCUGUAUAGUCCCUGAUAUAAUUGUAGAGAUAUGCUGUUACUGAGUACAAGAGAGUGAUGUGUGAGAUAAAGAAACAUGUCAGAAGACACUCUGUAUAGUCCCUGAUAUAAUUGUAGAAAGAUGUUGUUACUGAGUACAAGAGAUAAAAGAAACAUGUCAGAAGACACUCUGUUUUGUCCCUGAUAGAAAUUAAGGGAAACGUGUUACUUUGUCAGUAGAUGUGGUGAGUCUAAAAUCCAAUAGGUUACCAGUAUCUGUGUACAUAAUACAGUUUACUAGAUUGUACGCCCGCGCAUCUCUCUCGUUAAGUUUCCAUUUGUUUGUGUACAGUAAUAUAGUGUUUCAUAUGCAUAUAUCCUGUAAAUAUUGGAACCUUUCUGAAAAUACCGGUAUGUUGAAUAAAAUCUGUGAUUAAUAUUAAAUGUUCACUGCGACAGUU